CUCACAGAAGGAAAGAACUUGUAUGUUUCCCGCUCUUUAGGUGACGACACAUGGUCAUGUGAACAGACGAAACCUUGUAAAACCAUUUCACGAGCUGUUGAGUUAGCGUCAAUUGGGGAUCACAUUCUUUUAGACGGCACCAACACUGACAAAGACCCUUACAACUGUUCAUCAGGAACGUCACAUCAUCCGGGAAUUUACGUUAACAAGAGUCUAUCUCUGAUUGGUUAUACCAGUCCCAUGCCUCAUGUACGAUGCAAUAAAGGAAUGGGUUUGAUGUUAAACGGUACUGAUACUGCCGAAGAAGUGAAUGUGACUAUAACCGGAAUUGUUGUGGACGAAGGUUUUGUUAGGAUUCAAGACUCCUCCGUUAAUAUUGAUGGCUGUAAAUUUGAAAAUAGCAAGCAUGGCGUGGAUAUUACUAUAUAUACUAGAACGGCUGUAGAUGUCCAGAUUACGAACUCAACUUUUUCUGGGAACAGUGAGUGUGUCUCUCUUGUUGCCAACGGUUCCAAUAUUUCCUCAAAAGGUAAAGAUGCUCAAGUGAUGUUCAAGCUAAAAAACUCUUCUUUCAAAGGUAAUGUCUUGUCAGACGAAGGAGGAUGUAUUUCGUUUGAGUCAUCGUCAAGCGACUGGCAGUCAGUAUUCUGUAAUAUCACCCUGGCAAGUGUGAUAUUCUCUCGCAAUCAAUUUUCUUUAAAGGGGCUUAUUUUCUUAGAGGUAAAUGAUGGAAAGCAGCACAUUCAGCUUGAGAACGUGACGUUUAUAGACAAUAGUCCAUCUUCAGAUAUGAAGAGCGUUGGUGAAAACGAGGUUAUCAUACGCAGCAAUGACGUCGAUAUUGUUAUCAAUUCAAGCAUUUUAAGAAGCCAACAUGCACGUUUCCUAAAUGUCACCUCAAACAACUUGACAUUACAGAUCUCUAACACAAGUUUUAAUGGCAAUCGCGUAAAGGGAAAUGGCGGAGUAAUAUCUUUGAGAAGUGAGGUUUGCACGUUUACGGUGUAUAAUUCAUCGUUUUUGAAUACAUCUGCUGCCCAAGGUGGAGUAAUCAACAUUGAAAGCGUUAGUGUGAAAGCCAAUCUUGAAGGGAACACUUUCACAGACAACACUGCCAUGAAUGAACAAGGUGGUGGUGGAGGAGCGAUGUAUAUCCUCUCGCCAUCUUUUCUUGGCAGAGUGGAUACAGAAGCAAAAUAUGGACAGACUAUACAAGGGGCAGCAGAGAACUGUCUUCAAAUUAACAUAAGCAGCUGCAGUUUUACCAAUGCUUACAGCUCCUCACUUGGAAGCGGUCUCAUAAUAACUGCGGUUAAGGUUGUUAUGCGACUGCGAGAUUCAUUGUUUACCAACUGUACUGCUAUAGACAAAGAACGAAUGGGAGGAAGCGGGGCUGUUGUCGUGCUUGCGAAUUUGCCGUCACCAGAAGAAACGUCAGAACGCGAUUUGUUCUUGACCGUGGAAGGUUCUCAUUUCAUAGGAUGUUCAGGAUCAGUUUACUUUGGUUCAUCUUUGGUUAUAUUCUAUAAGACACAUGUAGAGAUAAAUAUCACUAACAGCCAUUUUAUUUCUAACUAUGGUGGAGCUGUUGCUGUUCAGGCAGUGGUUUCAAGAGGGAGAUGGAUAAGGAGCGCAGGCAACAUCACUAUAAGACACUCGAGGUUUUCAAACAAUAGUGUAACUGAGGAUUCUGGCGGUGCAAUUUUCAUAGGAGUGUACAAUCACAGCAAAGUUUCCUUUGAAAACGUGACUAUGGAGCACAACAAGGCGGGUACCUUUGGAGGGGCUGUCUCGCUAAGUAAUAAUUGUACGCUGAGAAUAUCUAAGUCUCGAUUCUUGCAGAACACAGCUCCUGGUUGCGGGGGAGCAAUAUAUGUUUUCGCUAUAAAUUCACUUCAAGUAGAAGAUUCCCUUUUCUACCAAAACUACGUUAAUUCGGCCUCGACUGGAUUAAAACAAGUUGGAGGUGCAUUAUGUAUCGCCAACAAAGUUUUUAAUAUCAGAGCCAUUUCAAUAUCUAACACAAGAUUUAUUGAUUGCCUAGCAAAAGAUGGCGGAGGCGCAAUGUCCUUUAAUGGGAUCCUACGUCUUGAAGUUAAGAGCACUCUUUUUAUAGGAAAUAUUGUCUUAAAUGGAUAUGGAGGGGCCCUUCAGUUUUCUCUAUUACCGGAUUAUUUAAAAAAUCCAGGAUGUCGUGAGGAUUCAAUAGACAAUCAACCGACUAAAGAAUUUCCCUCCUGGCUCUACAGAAGCCAUCUAAACUUUGAAAAUACAACAUUCGAGAGAAAUGCUGCUGCUUCUGCUGGUGCUAUGUAUUUAACAAACGGAAAAGCGACAUUCCAAAGCUGUUCUUUUAUAGACAAUUUUGCGUCAACUCAAGGUGGAAAUUUAUUCACAAUGCCUGGAUCAGCUAGUCUAAUCAUCCAAGACAGCGUCUUCCGCCAAACCAUCAGUGAAUUACAGCCAUCAAAAACAAUGAAAAGGAACUAUUCAUUAGCAUCGUUUAUCCAUGCAGAAAGUUCAGGAGCACUGAAACUUUAUAACACCACAUUCGAGGUAGCAACAUACGGUAGUAGCGGUCCUUUUCUACUUGUAAGAAAUGGGAGACUGAUAGAUCUUGGAAGGAACAAUUUGACAACGUUUAGUUGUUCUGUGGGGAGUGAAAUGGAGGUUCUUCACUUAACUGUUCAAUUCACGACUGAGGUACACGACCAACCUUGCACAAUUGAAGUUUCUACCCUAGAGUUAAGUUGUUUCGCAUGCCAGAAAAAUUCCUACAGUCUACAGCGUGGUCGUGCGCUUGGACUCCAGGUUGUACCAGGAUUUCAGUGUCUCGUAUGCCCAUUUGGAGCAAACUGUUCUCAGAAUAUAAUCGCCAAACCAAACUUUUGGGGCUACAAGGAAAAGCUUUCUCCGCCAACGUUAAAAUUCACCAUGUGUCCUCUGGGUUAUUGCUGCCCUCCUCUGCAUAAAGAAUUUCCUGAGUACAAUGGUUGUCUCGGCAACCGUUCCGGUGAAUUGUGUGGACAAUGUAGUGAUACUUACUCGGAGACGCUUUACUCUACACACUGCAGACCUUCACAUGAGUGUAAUGAUUAUUGGUUUUUGAUUGUCGCGUUGAUUUAUGUUUUCUUAAUAGCACUGUAUUUUACAUUUAAGCCUUCUAUCAUACCAUCAAUCAAACGUCACCUUUUCUGGUUUAACAAUUGCAAUGUGGCGAACGAGGAAGAGUUUGACAGAGGUUAUGUAAAGAUAGUCUUCUACCUAUACCAGGCAGCGGACCUUCUCCUGGUCUCCAACUCCUCUCAAAGGAUUUUAAAAGCUAAAUUUAUCGAGCCGAUUGUCGGGUUGUUCAACUUUCAUCAAAAAUUUUCAUCCACUGGAUUGGUUUGUCCCUUCCCUGGCCUCACGGUGGUUACUAAGCGGUUAUUUUCUGCAUCUCAGGUGUUUGGUACAUGUGUAAUGAUAGGUCUCAUUUAUGUGGUGCACUGGGGAGUCCAAAAGUUGAGGUUUCGAGGUCAGGGAGCUCCGUCUGUCGGUCCUUACCUCGGGGGUAUUUUACAAACCAUGAUGCUAGGAUACGCUACUCUUGCCUCUGCCAGCUUUGAUCUGCUACGAUGUGUUCCCAUUGGCUCAGACAAGAGGUUGUUUUACGAUGGAAAUGUGGAAUGUUUUCAGUGGUGGCAAUACAUUUUGAUUGUUUUGAUUUGCGUGUUGUUUGUUCCUUUUGUGUUGAUCCUGCUCUGGGGUCCAGUUAAAUUAUUCCGCGCGUCCAUCUCCGUUGGACAGUUCCUCUUUGCUUGUUGUUUUCCUUUCCCAUGUCUCCUUUACUGGAUAUUUGCAUCUAAUACUGCAAGAAACCUCGACAUAGACUUACCCACAGGUGAGGAGUCGAAGAUAAUUAUAGAGAAAGUUAUUUACGGUCCGUUCAAGAGACCAGAGGAUGGAGCAAGUCUCUCUUUAAGCUGGGAAAGCGUUCUGAUCGGACGUCGCCUGAUUCUCAUCGUCCUGAGAGCUUUUGUCAGCGACCCGAUGUCUCGUCUUCUUGUAAUGACCUUUUUCUGUGCUUUGUUCCUUGCACACCAUGCUUUUACACAGCCAUUUCGUGACAGAAUUGCAAACAUGCUUGAAACCAUUUCUCUUCUGUCUCUAGUUUUGCUGGCAACGGUUAACGUGUUUUUUGCUUCUUUGUUGUCAUUAGCUGUACCACUUAACGACCAUUUUAACACUUGGUGGGACUUCUGCGAAGUAGUGGAAGUUGUCAUUCUCGGCGCGGUACCUGUGGUUUCCUGUCUUCUUGUAUUUGCUGCUAUGGUUUCUCAGCUGUGUCGCAUCAUUUUUGUCGUAUGUAUCUCCCUCCGUAAUUUGUUCUCAAUAUGUUUCAGUUUUGGCUACAGGGAACAAACUGACGAUGCGAGGCCAAUAAUUUCGUGAGCGGAUUCCCUUCUUUAAGUUUCUUUAAGUUACUUGGUUAGUGUGAUCUGGUGGAGAGGGGUAAGAAUGUACUAGUCUUAACGAAUAUUAAACCAGUUCGACAGUUUCAGCAGUAUCCUGUCCUGCCUGUUCACAUUUGUUUUAAGAAGAACUAUUAAAAUAGUUACCAUUUAUUGUUUAAGGUGUUUCGAAACAGUUUUUUGGAAACUAUACCGAUAUUUUUCAAUCGCCUUAAACGUGAUUUUAUCCUCGUUCGGUCGCUAUAAAAUUUCACCAGUGAUUGACUAUGAAUUGAAGUUUGUCAAAAUGCAGUUUUAAGUAAAUCGAUAUCACUAUGACAAUUAUAAACAAAAUACUCUUAAAUCUAUAAAAGCCGAAUUUUGCCGCGCGAUCUUGACCUGCUACUGAAAAUCGGAGACCAGGACCUUAAAGUGUAGUGUUAAGCAAAUAACCACCGUGAGAAGGAAAGAAUUCUUUAUGUUUGAAUUCAAAUAAAACGUAAAUAUAUUUCAAACCUUACAUUUUCAAUAGCUGUUUAAUAAAAAAGUUCUAAAUAACUCUUAUUAAUCUUAAGUGGCGUCAGAAUGCUGCUUAAUAUCAUAUUUCGCUGCUUGCAAAUUUUGGCGUAUUUUGGUUUUGCGGUUCUGAAAACUAACCUGUUUUUUCACCACCUGUCUUUACUUUUAGCGCUUUUCUGUAUAUCUCUAAAACGGCUCUACAGAGUUUUUUAAACCUCAUCACAUAAUCUUGACAAUGUAUAUCAUAAUGACUGAAACUUUCAGUGAGAUUGAUUCACUGCAACACCUUAAAAUUUUUAAUUAGAUUAUAUUGUUGUUCUUUUUGUGCAUGCUUUAUUUCAUUCUUUUAUCAUUUUGUAACAUUUGUUUACAGUUCUUAACAUAUUUUUACAGCGUACAUAUAUAUAUGCUAAUUUUUCAUAACUUUUUUACUUACUUGAAAAUGACAGAAGAAUCGUCCGAAAAGUCGUUUUUUAUAUGUGAUUUUUACUGUGUUAAGUUUCAGAAAACCCUUCUGAUUGUAUUUAACCCAAUAAAUUAAUUUGUUUGUAUUGUGUCAAAACGUGUAUUUUUAUCAAUUGAUUCUGUGAUGAUAAUUCAAGGAAGCAUCUGCUUGCUUCAUGGGGGACACUUAGAAUUUGUGACCUCAUUAUACUAGUCACAUUUGUAUUACACAGUGCAACACUUUGUAGCUUAAGAAAACAGCGAAGUUAUUACAACGCCACCACUUGUCUCCUGCAAAUAUUUCGUACUGAUGACUUGUCGCUUCCCAGAUCUGGGUCAUGUAGUCCUUUUGAUUUGACCUGCAAAGAUAAAAAAUUGCUUUAGCCAAUCAAAAGCACUUCUCAUCUUUGUUCUGUUAAUUGACACGCCAUCAGUAUGGAAUUUCUUGCCUUGUCACUGCCUUGUCCCUCAGACGUCACUUCGCGGGGAAACCAGUAAAGGUAUCACAAAAUGUCCGCUGUUUUCUCAGGCUAAAAACUUUAGUGUAGGUUUUCCCUCUUUUCGUUGGCUAAAUAAGCAUAUUGUUAACGUUUUUCUUAAUCAAAGAAACAACUUAUGUUGGUUCACUGAAUUUCACCAUGUCAUCAGUCUUGAGGCUCGUUGACCAUGGUGUGUGUGGGUGGGAGUGUGUGUGUGUGUAGGGGGGGUUGGGGAGGGAGGUCGCUAUGAAAAGAAUGCAAAUGAAAAGUUAGAAUUAAAUUCCUAAAGAAAACCAAUCUGGGGUGGCUAAAGCUUUAUUUAGCAACCAGAGUAAGAACCACAGGAAAAAAUAACAGAUUCCCAUUAUUGGAUAUUUUAGGCAAUUAAAGAAUACCCAUAAAAAUCCCAAUUUGGCAAAGUGAGACAAGUCCCAACUAGGAAAUUCCCAACCAAGUUCCCCGGUUGGGACUUAUCUCACUCUUCCAAAUUUGGGAUUUUUGUGGGUAUUCUUUAAAUACCCUAAAAUAUCCAAAAAUGGGAAUCUGUUCUUUUUUCCUGUAAACUGAAUUGACUCUUAUUGCAGUAAGGAUGUUGAAUUUGAGUGCCACCUUUAACACAGCAGGGCUAUGUAUUUUUAUUGUUAUACAUAUAUUUUUUUACAUUUAACUCUGAACGAAACCUGUAUGGGUUAAAAAACACCCAAAUUCUUACCCAGUCUGAGUACCCAAUAUGAGAAACAAUUCGCAGAUUUACAAUUCUGAGGGAGACGUCGAGCAUCGUCAUCCUGUGAACGCGCUAAGUGAAAAUAAUGAAAAUCCAUUGCAAGAAAUGAAAAGGAAAAAUUACAGCCCAGUGAGUAUGAAACUGCAGGUUAAAAGAGUACCUUCGGCUGUAGCAUUUUUCCGAGCAUUUUAUGGCGUGACCACAGUGAGGGCGUGACACAAUAUUUGCUAUAAGACGGCAACGAGGUUGAGGUCCUUUGACUUUCGCGUUCAACUUCAUAGUGUUACGCGACACAAAAUGGCAAGACUUGCAAUCGUCGCUUUUAUCGCCUUUUACUGCGUGCGGUGUAUCAUAUUUGAAGGUAAGAAGGAAUAAUAAUCAACGUUUUUAGCCAUGUUGUGGGUAAUAUUCGGGAAGCCAAACAGAACACGAUUCCAUAAAGAACAGUCGACGGAUACAGACAAAAUAUGUGAAACACUACCUCUCGCUCGCGUCGCACUGUUUUUAGAAUACCGCAAUAUCGAAUGAAUUUACACCCCAAUACUGCAAACGAAUAUUUGAACCAUUUAUUCGUACACCUACAUGAUUAGGGUUUAUAGCAAAGUUGAUUUCUGGUCUUCAGGACCCUUUUGCAAAUUAAGAGGAAAAUGGUCUUCUUGCGUGAAUCAUUCUGGCGAGCGAUUUGAUUUGCGAAAAGUGGUAAAAUUCUAGUCUAAUUUAAUCCAAUUACUUCAUGUCGUUAUUGCUCCCUCAGUAACUGAGGGAGUAAUAAUUACUCGAAGAAAUAGGAUGAAAUUCAUUCUAGAAAAAUUCAUCGUUGAAGACUGUUUCAAUUGCAAAAUUUGUUGUAAGCAUAUAUUGUAAUUUGGUAAGAUCUGUUCUGAUCCAGGGGAAUGUGCUAUCUAAAUGGAUUAUUGGCAGUUCAUUCAGUGUAAAACACACUGCCUGCCGAGGGUAAAAUGUGCUUUUUUACUUUGGAAAAUCAUGAUGCCGAAAUGCAAACUUGAGGUAAUGCCAGUUAUUGAGUGGAACAUGCAGUAUGCACAAAGAAAUAGAUGUCCGGAUCGUAUAUUGAAGCCUGGAAUGAUAUAAUACCCCCUUCCGGCAAUACUGAUACAUGGAGUGUUUCCUUUCGUAAACAAACCGCUGAGUGCAGUGAAAAAAAAAAUCCGCGGCGUACUUGGCUCUUCGCUCGUUUGGCUCUUUAUUGUAUCUGACACUAUGUUAUCCUUAAAAGAGUAGCCUUGUUACAGCUGGUCAUUUUAUUCGAAUGACCGUGUCAGGGAGGGGUAACAUUGUCGGUUUGUCGAAGGGGUAAAAAAGGCGCAAAAACACCUCACCAAUUUAUGUUUUUCUUUAGGUCAGAUGACAAAAUGUGAAAAUGACCAGCAGUAAAAAUUAAAAAUAAAAAAAAAGCCUGAGUCGCUUAAUCAUAGCUGGGUUAAGAUGGUUAACUCAGGGUUCAUAAUAAAUUUUAAUUCAAGUUUGAAAGCUUAAAGGAAAGUCAGUUUAUUCUUUUGGUCUAAAAUUUGAUGAUUGGAUGCUCCAAAAAUUAGUAGAGAAAAUUAUCCGAGAAAAUGCUUUUGAACAAAAGAAAGAAUUCCGAAUUAACCGGCCGUCGAAAAAGGGAACUCAGAUUAUUUUUUUCCAUUUCAUUUGUCAUACAAACAUAGUUUAGACAAGUAAGAAGCUGCCACUCGUACUUUUACACAAUUUCUUUUAGUUUUUACUUUUAGAGAAAUUUACAAUUUGUCAUUUCAAUUUGUUUUUAUACAUGGUAUCCAGCAGUUUUCCUUCCAUUUAAUACAAAAACUUGACCCAACUUGGCUCAUUUACUUCUUUCCCUAUGCAAUUUUAAUUGCGCAUAGAUUUACUUUAAGUAACCGUGACUCUCUAAACGUCUUGUGAAUGGGGCCACCAUAAUCUUGUACCCAGAGCUUUUCCUUUUUUCUGAGGCAAAAGCCCUGGGGACGAGGUUGAGACGUCAUGAUUCAGUUACAUCAGUUCUGCUCACAUUGAGACAAUGGGGAACUUAAGCAACAAUGACGGCGACGUCAACGAGAAUGGCAAAAAACAAUAGGUUUAGAUUGGCAGAAAAACAACCCGACUACGACGUGAAAAUGCCAAAUUUCACGUUUUUGUCGACGUGAACAAAAGGCAACGACUUUGCUUUUGUUUUCCUGAACUUCGAUUCAGUCUUUUAGAACUCAAAAAAAUAAAUAUUGCUAAUAUUUGACGAACUGAACAAGAAGGAAUAAGCGCAAUAAAGUUUGAAACAGCGCAACCUCACUUUUUAAGCGUCGUCGUCGUUGCUUUAGCUCUCUAAUGUUUCUGAGCAGGAGUCCAUGAUAAGAAGCCUCUAUCUCCGCUGAAUGAUUUCUUGAGUUAACCCUUUCCCGAGGGAGGAGAGCCCGAGGAGAUUCAUAAAUGGAAAGGCUUGUUUCCCGCAAAAAGAGUCAUUUUUCCGCGAACCUCGUAUGUCAUCGUGAAAAAAAUAAAGGUGGACGAAGGCGAAAUCAGGAGCCUGUCCUUCGACCGUUUUCCUUUUUACUAUACGUCCAUAUUUCCGAUUUUUUUACAGGGGCUGGGAUGUGGGUAUUAUCAAACUUAAGUUAACGGAUUACCAGGCUAAGCAUGAAGCGAUGAGAUACAGCACGAGAGUAGCGAACUGAAGAUCGCUAAAUGCUGAAAUUUGAUAUUUGCCUUCAUAAUUAUAUUCUCCAUGUAAGCACUUCAAAACGUAGCGACGAUUAAACGUUCUGUGGACGAGUCGAAACCUUUCGAUGCUCAGCGCAGAGGACGUGCCAGAAGCAUUACAGUUUAGUCAUGCACGUGGAUCAUGGAGGGGAUUUCGCCAGCUCAAGCACCGCGUGCGAAAACGAUGACCAUAAUAGCGACCAACGAGGAAUGCUUUUGUUCCGAAACUACCGCCUUCCUUUACAACUUGUAUUACCAUGAGUGUUACCUGAUAAAAACUGGCACAUGAAAAGUUGAACUGAACAGAACAACAGUUGCUCGACUGUGAAGCUACACUCAAAGGUAAUUAACAAAAACGGAAGAUUAUGACAACGCACUCUAGUCAAAGACCCACUUAUCUCAAGAAAAACAAGAUGGACUGUGUCUGCGCCUAAAGAAUAAUUUUGAAUGCGCUUCAGUUUAAACUACAAUUCGCAGUUGUAGAUCACUUUUUGUGAGAAAACAAUAGAUGGACCCAGCGUUACAAAACAUAGAAGGGAAUCAUCACACUGACGGACAAAACAACUACAAGUAUUUAUUCAGAUUAAGGUAUUUCGGAACAAACCUUAGGAAACAAAGACUGCGAUUAAUAUAGGGGCUCAUGUGGUCAAAACAAGAACCUUAAGAGAGUGUCGCUGUAAGAGCGUUCCGGUCGAUUUUGCUUGAGACACAGAUUUGGCUCAUUUCUUGUGUGUUGUAAGACAUUCAUGUACCUAUACUAAAACCACAAUCCGUUUGAUCGGAUCUCUUUAUUUUUCAGAGUUUUACGGAAAUCAAAUUUCACUCGAGCGAAGGCCUGUCUUGACACUUUUCAAGACGUUAAUUUGAGGCAACUUUGGAGGACAAUUUACAACAAACUACGGGACUCAGCAAAAAACAAAUACCACAGACAUGUAAAUUAACUCUGUCUUAUCCAUCGAGGCGACUUUCGUGAACAUCAUGUUUCAAUCAAGCCAACAGGAAGACUUGAACGACACCUUAUCGGUUCGCUUAAGUCACACACGCGAAAACCGAUCAAAUUCAAGGUCAUUUUUGAAAAAGUAAACGUUCUUAACUGAUUCAACUAAUAUAUGUAGGAAGUAGGUGCCAUAGAAAAGGUAACUACAGAAAAAAACUUUGCGGCCCGACCUUUACUAAAACUUUAUAACUCCGUGAACUUACCCAAUUUUCGGCAAUCUUCAAGUUUUGCCGCCAUUUUGAGGGACUUGUCAACAUGAAGCGCAGCAGAUAUAAAUCGUGCAGGUAGAUCUAAAACCGUCAGAAAUACAUACGAAAGCAUUCAAAUGAACUUCACUUUCAAUUCAGGGGGCAAAAUUUGAAAUUGUUCGUUAAACCUACCAUUCCUACAUCCCCAUGCGAUCAUUUCUUCCAACAAUUCAAACACUACAACUAGUGUUCGAAUUUCCCUCGUCGAUUCUACCGUAAGAAAUAACCUGUGCCACCCAAGCUUCGACUCGAAUGUGAAGUACGAAUCAAACAACAUAACUGUUUCAUCUUCGAGGCCAAAUCACGCUGGUAUUUUGAUUUUCUGAUCGACAAGAACGGUGAUCAGGCAGUGAUGGUCAUGUUUACCUCAUAACCGUGACCGCUGACCAGCCGCUGAGUGAAAACAGUACGGCGCGGGGUGGUGUGGGUGGCGGACUUAUCGUCAAAAGAUAUUCGAAUACAUGCUAAAAAAGCUUUAGGACUCUCAGUCUAAACAGUGAAGGCAUGCUUCGUGGUACAGACAACUUUUAUUUCAUUCUCAUAACUUUUCCCUUUAAAUUAGAACUAGUAUUAAUUAAUAGAGUUAUUUAAAUAUUUUUAACCGAGGUACCCAUAUGACCUUUUUGCUUGUCCUCAAUGGUAUAAAAUAAGGUUUCUUUUCUUCCAGAACCUUUUAUUUAUGCGUUAUUGCACUGAAUGAACACUAUACUUAGAGGGUUUGUUCUAAAUCAUUUUUGCUGUUCCCAAGAAUGUAUGCAAAAUCAUUGCCUUAUACAAAGCUGACUCUAAAAUAUGAUUUUCCGUAACAGUAGCCAAUGUCACUUACGUAAGGUGUUAAUAAAACUAGCAAUAUACAAUUUUUAGCGUUUUCCACUUAUAAGCCUGACAUACAAUUGUCAAGUGAACUUUGUUAGUUUCAGCUCAUUCCUUGAUUCGAUGUGACCUUUUAUCACUAAACCCUAUUCUUUUCAUUUGCAAUUUUCCGGUACUUUUUUUUUCAUACGACAACGACAAAGAGUUUUAUAAAUAAACCGAUUUUUUUGGUGUACCACGCUUAUCACAUUGUAUAUACAAAUACAUGCAAAAGGCCGGCUAAAUAAGCUCCUCCCCCUGCUCCUAAUUUUUUUGGGUUGCCUUCGCCCAUGCCUCUGCACGACUCCCAUUUAAAUGGGAGCUCGAAGAAAGUGCAGAUUUCCUUAAGCAUGAAAACAGUAAAAUAGUUCAAUUAGUCACACAAGUCAUAAAUGUCAUAGACAAUCGGAUGCGUUAAGCCAAUUUCUGUUACAACAGAUUCGACGGUGGUCAUGUGAUUCACUUCUUCCUCGUCAAUUAAUUCCUCGUCAGAUUUCUCGUCAACCGCGGUGCUCGGAGACGAACCUGCCCGUCUCCAUCUCGAGGAGGACAAACGGAAGAAAAAUCCUUGUAUUUCGGCUUUGGUUAGCCACUCUUCCCGGGAAAACAGGCGCUUCCCGUUUUCCCCCUUCGCUUUCCUCAUAUCUCGCGAGACUUGUCGCAGAUCCUCUAUCCUUCCAGAUUGUUCACCAAUUUCAAACUUGGAGGUGAGAUACUGCCUUACUUGCUCUGAGAAGCGAACAGCGCCACCUUUUGGCUUAUGAAGUGCCCAUCCUUCACUUAAAUUUGACUGGAAAGGUUCGCUACCCUGUCUCUCGAUAACAUUGGUACUGUUGUCUUCUGAAAGGGCAAGGGAUGAGAAUUUUUAAACCCAGCUUAAAUCUAGAGAUUUCAAAGCUGUUCUAAUGUCAAAAAUAAAGGAAAUGACCCAUGAAUGCCAGUGCUCAGUGGAAGGAUAAUUACAUCAUCAAGCAGUGACCCAAUGGCCCUUGUAGCUGUCUAUAAUGGAGAGAUUGUAAGUUGGUUAUGAAAAUUACACCUUUUUCUCUUUUGCUUUGACUUUGUGACGUGGUUUUGUCACAAUUUGAACAGACACGCGUCACUCUUACGUAAUGUUUUAACGGGAAACCAAACAGCAUCAUUUUAUUUCCAAGUAGGUAUAUAUUCAGCCGUUCUUAGUCACCAUUUGGCCAGAACAAAGUAUAUCUAUAUAUUAAGAGUGGUACAAAAAAACCCAGUUUAUUUGUAAAAACCUUUGUGUUUUUCAUAUCUUUACAUACUUAUAAAAAAUUGUAGAGGGUAAAUGGAAAUGAAAAAGAAAAUGUGUCCUGCAUAGCAGUCUUUCAAAUUUCCUUUUAGCCGACAGGGAGUCGUGCAGAGGCAUGGGCGAAGGCAACCCAAAAAAUUAGGAGCAGGGGGAGGAGCUUAUUUAGCCGGCCUUUUGCAUGUAUUUGUAUAUACAAUGUAAUAAGCGUGGUACACCAAAAAAUCGGUUUAUUUAUAAAACUCUUUGUCGUUGUCGUAUGAAAAAAAAGUACCGGAAAAUUGCAAAUGAAAAGAAUAGGGUUUAGUGAUAAAAGGUCACAUCGAAUCAAGGAAUGAGCUGAAACUAACAUAGUUCACUUGACAAUUGUAUGUCAGGCUUAUAAGUGGAAAACGCUAAAAAUUGUACAUUGCUAGUUUUAUUAACACCUUACGUAAGUGAAAUUGGUUACUGUUACAGAAAAUCAUAUUUUAGAGUCAGCUUUGUAUAAAGCAAUGAUUUUGCAUACAUUCUUGGGAACAGCAAAAAUGAUUUAGAACAAACCUUCUAAGUAUAGUGUUCAUUCAGCGCAAUAACGCAUAAAUAAGAGGUUCUGGAAGAAAUAAACCUUAUUUUAUACCAUUGAGGACAAGCAAAAAGGUUAUAUGGGUACCUCGGUUAAAAAUAUUUAAAUAACUCUAUUAAUUAAUACUAGUUCUAAUUUAAAGGGAAAAGUUAUGAGAAUAAAAUAAAAGUUGUCUGUACCACGAAGCAUGCCUUCACUGUUUAGACUGAGAGUCCUAAAGCUUUUUUAGCAUGUAUUCGAAUAUCUUUUGACGAUAAGUCCGCCACCCACACCACCCCGCGCCGCACUGUUUUCACUCAGCGGCUGGUCAGCGGUCACGUUUAUGAGGUAAACAUGGCGAUCACUUCCUGAUCACUGUUCUUGUCGAUCAGAAAAUCAAAAUACCAGCGUGAUUUGACCUCGAAGAUGAAAGAGUUAUGUUGUUUGAUUCGUACUUCACAUUCGAGUCGAAGCUUGGGUGGCACAGGUUAUUUCUUACGGUAGAAUCGACGAGGGAAAUUCGAACACUAGUUGUAGUGUUUGAAUUGUUGGAAGAAAUGAUCGCAUGGGGAUGUAGGAAUGGUAGGUUUAAGGAAUAUUUUCAAAUUUUGCCCCUUGAAUUGAAAGUGAAGUUCAUUUGAACGCUUUCGUAUGUAUUUCUGACGGUUUUAGAUCUACCUGUUCGAUUUAUAUCUGGUACAUACGCUUCAUGUUGACAAGUCUCUCAAAAUGGCGGCAAAACUUGGAGAUUGCCGAAAAUUGGGUAAGUUCACGGAGUUAUAAAGAUUUAGUAAAGGUCGGGCUGCAAAGUUUUCUUCUGUUGUUACCUUUUCUAUGGCACCUACUUCCUAGCUAUAUUAAUCAGUUAAGAACGCCUCACUUUUUCAAAAAUGUACCUUGAAUUUGAUCGGUUUUCGCGUGUGUGACUUAAGCGAACCGAUAAGGUGUCGUUCAAGUCUUCCUGUUGGCUUGAUUGAAACGUGAUGUUCACGAAAGUCGGCUCGAUGGAUAAGAUAGAGUUGUUAUACAUGUCUGUGGUCUUUGAUUUUUGCUGAGUCCCGUAGUUUAUUGUAAAUUGUCCUCCAAAGUUUGUCUCAAAUUAAAGUCUUGAAAAGUGUCACGACAGGCCUUCGCUCGAGUGAAAUUUGAUUUCCGUAAAACUCUGAAAAAUAAAGAGAUCCGAUCAAACGGAUUGUGGUUUUAGUAUAGGUACACGAAUGUCUUACAACACACAAGAAAUGAGCUAAAUCUGUGCCUCAAGCAAAAUCGACCGGACCGCUCUUACAGAGACACUCUCUUAACGCUUAAAAAAUUGGCCAAAGAAAAUCGAAUCCAGAGAGAGCUACAGACGUUAAACUGUAGGAAAUAAUUAAUCAAUAUGCAUGGCCAGCUUCAUGGCUUCUUAAUGUGAGACAAGCAGCCAAGAUUAAGAUUUUCACCGUCAGAGUUUAAGAUUCUCCACAGUAUAAUCUAUCUACCUGCUAGAGAGAAAAGCUAGAACACCUCUGAUGCAGAUCUCCUUGAUCUGCAUAAUUCUUCAUAUCCUACCCAGCCUCAUUCAUUAAUUGCUAACCAAUCGGACGCAGAAUUUCCCUGGUCACUUAUUUUUUCACUUCCUACCUCUUAUCGUUUUGCAAUUUAAAAGUAUUUUUAUGAUUGAACUAUCUUUUCGCUCCUUUUUGCAGGAACUGCGACAGAGGGAAAGUACCUAUACAUUUCUCGAGCUUUGGGUAACGACACAUGGUUAUGUGAUCAGUCAAAACCUUGUAAAACCAUUUCACGAGCUGUUGAGUUAGCAUCAAGUGGGGAUCACAUUCUCUUGGAUGGCAGUAAUACUGACAAAGAUCCUUACACCUGUCAAUCAAUGUCACCAGAGCUUUCAGGAGUUCAGAUCAAUAAGAGUUUGUCUCUUGUGGGAUAUGGCAGUCCCAUGCCUAAUAUACAAUGCAACAAAGGAGAAGGAUUGUAUUUUAAAGGUUCUGAUAACGAGCAGCAAAUGAAAGUAACCUUAUCAAGGCUACUCGUACGUCAAAGCUCUAUCAUGGUCCAGGAUUCUUCUGUUCAUAUCGGUGGUUGUAGAUUUGAUAGUAGUGAGGGUUUGGUGAUCACCAUUCGUAGCAGGUUAUCAUUAAACAUUUUGGUUACGAAUUCGAUCUUUUAUAAUAACAGUACAUGCAUCUCCGUCGUCAUGAACAGUACAAAGAAACAGUCAAAGAACAUUAAAGUAGUUUUCAAAAUGACAAAUUCUUCUUUUUUGUUCGGCAAUGUACAGAAAGGUAUGGGCAGAUGUAUUUCGUUCACGGGAUCACAGAACAGUAGCCCGUCUGUAAGCUGUGAUAUCACCUUGGAACAUACAACUUUUUCCGGCAACAAAUUAAUCUUUCCAGAAGGUCUUAUUUUCUUAGAGAUCAACAAUGGCAGCCAAAACAUUAAAUUCAAAAGUGUGAUUUUCUUUGACAAUGGUAUUUCAUCAACAACAAAGGAUUUGAUGGUUGAGAGUGUUAUAUGCUUCGUUCGUAGCACCGAUGUAAAUAUUUCUAUCAGUUCGAGCAAAUUUAGCAGUGAAUAUGCCAAAGUGCUCAAUGGAAGUGCAGAGGAUAUUUCUUUUCACAUCUAUAACUCCACUUUCCAUGGUCAUAAAGGACGUGCUAAUGGCGGAGUCAUCUCUUUGCAAGGAAGUAACUUAUGCAAGUUGAACGUAUCAAAAUCAUCAUUUGCAAAUACAUCUGCUGUUGUAGGUGGAGCAAUCAGCAUUGACUGUACCACUAUUGAUGUUGUCACCCUUAACCAGAAUAAUUUUACAAACAACACAGCAUCUAAUGUAGGCGGGGCUUUAUAUAUC